AUGAAGGCACUUACCCCAAAAACCUGUGGUGCUAUUAUUUAUGGUAAAAAAUGUGGACAAUCAGCUCGCACUAUUGCUAAAAAUUUGGGUUGUAGUAAAACAACUGUUUAUAAUACACUUAAACGCCUUUGUCAAACUGAAAAUGGUGAAAAUCGUUGGUUUUAUGCAAAAAAACUUUCAACUAUUUGGACAUCUUGUUUAAAAAACCCCAUUUCUGCAUUUACUAUAUGUCGUACCCUUAAAAAAGUUGGACUUA